CUCAGUGAGGAGACGGCAGUGCUGUGCCGGUUCAGCACUGUCAUGUGAUCGUUAGGAUCGGGGCGGACGUAGCCUGACAGCCUCGGGUAGUGAUCAGGGCUGUGAUCUCAAAGCGGAGGUGGACAGGGGAUUUUGCCCCCACACCCCCUCGUAAUGUCUGCUUUGUGGACGGCUGCCGAAAACUUUACGGUGAAGACGGAUCGCGCUUGGGAUGUGCGGAGACCGUAAAUACUUCAGCCGGGCAGCCUGCCUCCUAAUGAAAGACUGACAGAAAACUUUACCGCACCGGCGGUGGAGAGAAAGUAAAAAAAGUACGGCGCUCAGUGGCUGUAGGUCUCCGGUUAAUGCCGGGAGAUGGAGGAAUGCAAAAUAUCCGUGUGGGUCUGCAGAGAGGAGAAGUUGAUAUCCGGGCUGACCCGGCGAACUACCUGCGCCGAUGUUGUCAAAGUGCUGCUGGACGAUCAGAGCUUGAAACGGGGCGCUGCUGCGUCCAUGCUCUCCGGCUCAGCCCUCUCCUACUGCAUCGUGGAAAAGUGGAGAGGCUUCGAGAGGAUUCUGCCCAACAAGACAAAAAUCCUACGCCUGUGGACCGCAUGGGGAGACGAGCAGGAGAACGUGAGGUUUGUCCUGGUGAAGAAUGAGGCGUCCCUUGCCAGCAGCGGACCCCGGAGCGCCGAGGCGCGGGUGGUCCCCAGCAAGGAGAGCCAAUGCGUCUGCAAGGGAGAGGCUAAAUGCACGGCGACUUCCAUCCAGGAGAAACAGCGUCGGAUCGUCAGGAAGGCGUUCAGAAAGCUGGACAAGAUUAAUAAAAAGAAAGAAGAAACACUUUCAAAGGAUGCUUCUUCUGUAGAGAAAAUGGAAACUUUGGUGCAUCUCGUUAUAUCACAGGAUCACACUAUCCGACAGCAGAUCCAGAGGAUCAAAGACCUGGAUAAGGAGAUCGACAGAUACGAGGGGAAAGUUCACUUGGAUAGGAUGAAGAGGCACGGCAUCAACUACGUGCAGGACACGUACUUGGUCGAGCCAAGGCCUGGAGUGACCCGAGCCGGAGACGGGCGGGAGCCGUGCUCCGCUGAGGCUCUCUCGCGGUUUGAGGAGUAUGCCAGCAGGUGCGAGCAAGUAGUAGAGCUUCAGGAGGUGCUGGCAGAGCAUGAGGCGCUGAUGGAGAGCAUUACAGCGGAGAUCCAGGAGGAGCUCAACAAAAGGUGGAUGAAACGACGGAAAGAGGAGAUGUCCGGUAAGGACCAGGACAGCCGCGGGGAAGAGGCUACCAUGAAGGUGACAAGCGUCUCCUCCGAGACAGAGGACCAGGAAACCCCCCAAGGGAUAGAGACAGAAAACGAGUUGCUGUUGGACGAAGACAGGAUCAAAACUCAGCUGGACACCUGCUUGUACAUCGGACUGCGACUGAACGCGGACUUGGAGGCUAUCAGGAGUGAUCUGGACAUGAGCCAGGAGUUGUGGGAAGCGAAAGAGAAAGAAUUCACGAAUCUGCUAGAGAGAGUGCGCUCCAUGGAUGCUGGGGGUGGCAAGGAGGUUGGCGACUCCGGCGAGAGAGCCUCGGUCGGAGCGCAGAACCAACUGCCGCCUUCGCUGAAGCCGAGCGGAUGGACUGAGGAGGCGACCUGCGGAGGGGAUGGCGAGGACUCGGACACGGGGCUGAGCUCCCUGCACAGCCAGGACUCAGACAGCGCGGCUGUGUGCGAGUCCCUGGUAUAAACCCGAGACUCCGCGAAACAAGACGAAGGAUCCCGGUCAUAAGGGGUUCGGAGGUAUAAUAACAACAGUUUGUCUAAAACAUUCGCCAGUGCAAUCACACGACAUUGCACGGCGACUUGUUAUUCAUGCACAAGUCGGGGAAUGGAAUGUAAUUUCGUUAUUCUGCAAAUGCGAACCACAGGUGUUAUUUAUGACAAACGUGCAGAGUUAUGGGGUAAUAAACGACUGCAUUGUAUCUGCAGGAAAUCGAAGUUUUACAAUCUGGAGCAACCUGUUCUUAAACAGAAAAAAAGGUUGUUCUGGGAUUAAGGGGACUGGCAGUACGCUUCUCAGCAUUUUGUGGCAGCAUUAUAAACGUCUUUAUAAACACAGUUUCAGAUCGCAGCGUCUGUGUCCUGGGCCGUCAUAACUUAAUUGAAGCAUAUCUUAUCUGAAAAAUAAAGGUAAUCCGCAAUGCAAACAGGUAAA